AUGAAGGCUUACGCCGCACUCGCGGGCCUCACGGUCGCAACAUUGAUCGAAGCGAUCCUGAUUCCCCAAUUUGUUCCUUUUCUGCGACCUUUUGGUGGAGUAAUGCGGAUGCUUUGUCAAUUCUUGCUCUUCAAUGCUAUCGCUUUACUCUUCUAUUUGAUCAUAAUAUACCCGCGAUUCAUUUCUCCUCUGCGGAAUGUGCCUGGACCGUCGGGUGGACAUCUCUUUACCGGGCAAUUUGUUCCGAUUCGACUAAGCUCGCCACCAGGUGCGCAGCUCAGCAAAUGGAUGGAAACGAUACCCAACGAGGGUCUCCUCCGAGCACGUUACAUCCUGGGCGCAGACGCGAUAAUUCCGACAAAUGAGGCCAUGAUCAAGACCAUUCUCCACGACAAUGCCUAUGACUACGAGAAGCAACCCCGAGUGACGAGCAUGUUCAGACAAGUUCUUGGCGGAGGUCUGCUCCUGUCAGAGGGCGAUGACCAUAAAUCUCAGAGAAAGCAGAUGGCCUCGUCGUUCUCAAUUCAGGUCACUCGAGACUUGUACCCUCUCAUCUGGGCCAAGGCGCUGGAAUUGAUCAGCAUGAUCAAGGAAGAAGUUCCCAAGGCCGAAUUCGACUUUACCACUUGGUGUACUCGCGUCACUUUGGACAUCAUGGGUACAGCAGGCUUUGGCAAGGACUUUGAGUCACUCAAAAAGAACCGACACGACCUGAUCGUGCAGGACUACCAAGCUCUGGUCAAGCCUUCGUCGAAUGUGUUCGUGCUCUUCAUGCUGGGAAUUGUCUUUGAUCCUGAAAUUCAAGCCCACAUCCCUGGACUCAGUGCGGCCAAGGAGAUGGCUAGAAUCUCGGCACAUCUACUGGGUUGGGCACAAGACAUGGCUGCACAGCGACGAGCAGAGCUUGCCAAUACGCGCACUGCUGAACUUGAGCGCAACAAGCGGAGGGAUAUUCUUUCUUUGCUGAUUCGAAAUUCGAAUUUGUCUGAUCGCGAUCUCGCGAAUCAAGCUUUGACAAUGAUGGCUGCAGGUCACGAAUCCACGUCCCUCACCGUCGCCUGGUGCAUCUAUCUUCUUGGAGAGAAUCCCAUCAUACAAGACCAACUUCGCGCCGAGAUCCGCGCCCACCUACCAUCACCUCGCGGUCCUGCCGGCGAGCGUCUCACAGCGGCAAUGAUCGAUCCCUUGGCACUUCUAAACGGUGUCACCAACGAAACUUUGCGCUUGUAUCCGACGAUCCCUGUCACGACUCGCAAGGCAGUUCGGGACACACGAGUCGGGCCACACGAGGUUCCAGCUGGAACCACUGUAUUCAUCUCUCCAUGGGCCAUCAAUCGCUCGACGAGCAUCUGGGGCGAAGACGCCGAAGAGUUCAUUCCACAGAGAUGGAUCGACAAGAACGGCAGGCCGAACAAGACGGCUGGCUUGAAGAACAACUAUAACAUCAUGACAUUCUUGCACGGCCCCAGAGCUUGCAUUGGCCAAGACUUUGCUCGGGCACAACUGAAGUGCCUUGUUGCAGCGAUCGUUGGAAGAUAUGAGAUUCGAAUCACAAGGAAUAAGAGCAAGUAUUAUCCUGCUGGCAUUUACACCACUAAGGCCGCGAACGGAAUGUGGUUACAAUUCGACGAGGUCGAGGGUUGGUGA